UUCAUGGCGGCGCGCAUACGCGUCUAUUCGCGUCACGUAAUUCGCGUUUUCUCGCUGUGUUGUCUUUAAACUGAAGGUUCGCAAAAUGUGUUUCUAGUUUGCACAUAUCAUUGGCGCUUCGCUACUCAACAGAUCGUGAUCAUGAGCAGAGACAAGAAAGUGAAGCGUUCAAAGACCGGUAACGAUGUCUCCAACUCCGGUUCGGGGCCGAAUCUCCACAUGGACUACUUCCUAAUGGAGGAGGAAGAGUCGAAGACACGUGAUCCACGAGACGAUGAGACUGUCUUCCGGAAGAUCUGCAGCGAGAUUCAGGCAAACAUGAAGAAAAUACUGGAAAUGAAACUGCAGCGCAGACCCCUGGCUGACAUUGAAAAGCUUCGAGAGACAUCCUUGCUGUUUUUGGGACUGAAGAAAAUCAACCGCCUAGACAAACAUCGGCUCAAAGUGGCAAAGGAUGCUGUCAACGAGAAGAAGCAGAAAGUGGACAACUUCCACCUCCAACUGCAGAACCUGACAUACGAGGUGAUGCACCUGCAAAAAGAGGUGACCAAGUGCAUGGAAUUCAGGUCCAGGGACGAGGAGAUCGACCUGGUACCGGUGGAGGAGUUUCGCAGGGAGGCACCAGCUGAGGUUCUCAAGAGGGACCUGACCGAUGCUGACCCACACCAGCUGACCCUGGCAAGGCUUCAAUGGGAGCUUGUACAGAGAAAAGAGCUGUCCCAGAAGCUGAAGGGCCUGGAGUCCUUGCGUGAGCAGUACGUGCGCGAGAUCGAGCGCAAGCGCGAGUGCCUGUCUGGCAUCCAGCCGACACUGCAGGCAGUGCUGGAGGCAGCACAACCCCUGCAGGCUGACCUUGGCCUGCCUCUGCAAGCCCAUCAGGGGGAGCAUGCUAACGCCCAGUACCUGUCGAGGCCCCUGUACGUGCUGUACGUGCAGGCCGCCGCCUACCAGCAUGCCUACGGUGAUUGCUUUGAGAUUGCCAUGGAAGGCAGCGUGGAGGAAUCCAAGGCACUUCUUGAGACGACGCAAGAAAAACAAGAAGAGUACAGUGGAGAAUCAGACCAAGAAGAAUCAAAUGCUGGAAAACGGCAUAGGAGGCUGACCCGUAGUGGAACUGGUCUCUCCAGUCUGGCUAAGUGUCUGCAGAAGCACCCACUCAUUGUGGUGAUCACCUUGCAGCACAAAGGGUACAACUUGCAGAUCACAUUUACGUACAUCAUUGCCCUGCACAUUGUCACAGUCACAGCCAAGGUGAUGGAACCUCACGGUGUCUCCAGUGGUGUGUCCGCAAGCCCGGUCAUGUCCCCUUCCACGAUUCUCGAUAACUUGUUUGGUGAUGACAACGGCCUCUGUUCUCCAAACCCCGGCAACCAUUUCCAGCUCAAGAAAAAUGGGUUGGAGGACUUCUCCAAGGUGGUGGCCGAGGUGGGCAAGGCUUACCGCUGGGCGCAGCGCCUGGCGGGCCUCGAGUUCCUGCAGGGUUCCGGGUCCUCCGUGGUGGCGAGCCACGAAGUAGGGAGGGCCUUUGUGGAAGAGUUCGCGCGUGCCAUCGCCGCCCGUUUUGCAGCUCGGGUGGGCCUUUACGGGCAGCUUCUGUCCCUGGAAAAGGGCGUGGUGCAAGUUCCUUCUCAGCUGGCCCGUCAUUUUCCCAGCAAAGUGAACUCGAUGCUGAAGCAGUGGACGGAGGUGACCCAUGCUGAUGUAGAGAGCCACCCAUCGCACAAGGAGAUGGAAGAACUGGGCCUAAUACGAGGGGAUGAGCUUGUCUACCAGGCCGUGCUACGCCGGGGAUCUGCUACAUUGAAGGCAUUGGUGCUGCUGCGUGACAACUACCCGAAGGAGGCACCCCUCUUUCUGCUGGUGCUUCAGCUGCGUGAGGAGUGCUCCAGCCGGGAUGACGACGCCGUCAAGGAGUUGGAGCGCGAACUGAACUUGCACUGCGUAGAGCAAGAGCAGGUGCAGGCAGGUGACCAGCUGCUGAGCUGUCAGCUUCAGCAGCUCCUGGUCUCUAUGGACAUCCUGCUCGAGUCACUGUGCGACCAGCUGGACGCACCACGCGAGUUCUCUAGGGACAAGGUGCUUGCCCGGACGGCUAGGGGUCCAGGGAGAAGCCGGCCGUACAAGUUCCUCCCCAAACCAGGAAUUUUCAUGCAACGAACAUAACAAUUUGUGUUGAUCAUUUAAACAUAAUAUGAACUAUAGUAAAGAAACAGCGAGGCCAUUAACCUGUACACAUGAGUGUUUGCUUUUUGCAGUUAUUGUACGCUACACUUGAAAGCAAUUUAUCAAGUCUGGCUGUUUUGUCUUUUUGUUUUGUUUUUCUGUUUCAUUCUUUUACAGUGCAAUGAUGUUAUAGCCACUUAUUUUUUGUUUUCUUGACACUCUCAAUAAUUCAACAUUUGGAUAAUUUGGACACUCUCUGAUCACGUGAGAUCUGAAAUAGCAAGCUUACUCUCUUACUAGUAUAUGUGUACCCACCCAGUGAAAUAAACUGAAUUGGUCAGUCUACAUAAUGGUUAAGGGUGCAAUGGCAAAUUUCACUGGUCGAUUCGGAGCAACCCGCUGUGCAAUGGAGCGUUCCUCACUGAUCUGCCUCAUAAAGCUGAAUUUCACCAGAAGCACAACAACAGGUUGCCAUCAUUUCUUGUGCAUUCAGACACAUCGCUUGUUUUCAGGGCUCUUUAAAGCCUUACCAGCGGUGUCAACCGAAUGCAUGUGACAACCUUCAAUGUGUUCUGCAAAAAAAAGCAAGUUUGCUGAUUGAUGUGGAUAGUGUAGCUCCACGCUGGGUUUUCUUGCUCUCUUUGGGCUCACCGAGAUUUACCAAUGGAAUGCAAAGCGCAUGCUGUUGUGAUAAAUGUACAUUUCCCCCCCCCCCCCCCCCCUGCUAUCUCGAUUUAACAAAAGCAGCUUCCCUGUGUCCUUUUAUUGGAAGGAUCUAUGUGACAGCGUUUUGCAGGAUGCACAUCUUUGGCCUUAUGCUGCUACACUGUGUCAUGAAGAACUUUGAGUAUGCUUGAGUACCGCCUUCAAGAGUAGUAUGCGACAGCGUAAUUGCACUCUGAGCGCAUCACCUUCUCAAUUACUAGCUCAGUUUCGAUUCUCAGUGCAUGCUUCUGCAGGGCCGUUACGAAACGAACGACUGUGCACAUAACAUUGUCCCUUCAAACUAUCGUAGAAUGCUUACUGCAAGUACGGUUGUGAAGAGUUCACUAUGCCAUGAUUCUUGGUUUCGCGAACCAGCAAAAGGCCCUCUCUGUUGUAGGGCAACACUCAAACAUGCACAGUUGCUCACUUUGUUAAUGCUUUUGCUGCUGAUGAUGAUUAAAUUGUCUGAGCAAUUUGCCAUGGUUGGGCCUUUAAAACACUCACUCAUGCUAUUCAUAUGUUUCGGCAGCUGGCGCAAUUCCAGGUACACUUUUGCCAUGCAAUAUUACAUGCAUUACAGACUCGCUUCUUUACAUGACAUUCAUGAAAUGAUUUUUUUUAAGCUGUUUCAAGCAAUAUCCGCGGCUUUUUGGUGAAACACCUGCUUGCGAUGCAGGUAGUAAAUUUAUAUUAUUUAUUUUAUCAUGUCACGUUUUUUACUCGCAAGCAACGACGCCAACACUGGAAUUUCUGCAAAACGAGCUACUUAACCAGUUUGCUUUAACAUGCACUGGCACUGUUUCUGGGUUUCAAAUUUCUCUCAUUAGGCAUCCUUCGUCGUGCUUCUAAUGUCGGUAUGUUUUCACUAGUGCAUGUGCUGUUUAUCGGCAUUAAAAAAAAAUGGUAUGUUGAUAAGCUGGCAGCAUAGUUAGUUGUACAGAAAGGCACAAGGUGCCAUGUGUUCUUGCGAGUUUGCUGUUGAUGAAGGUCGUUGCAAGAAUUGUGUUGCAGCUACAAACUGUGUGAAUUGAUGUUCAAUGCCACCGAUUCGCUUACGUGCCAAGUGUUGAGCAAUUGGGGAGGUCUGUUUUAUCUAACAGGAAUGUUUCACUUUCUAAAUAUUUUCUCAUUGUAUGCCCCUCGCCAGAUUUUUGUACGUCUUGUGAAGGGUCAUUGCAGCUACACUUAACUUGGAGCAUGUAGAUUAGUUGUGUGGGUUGCUCCAGCACAAGCCAUGCAUAUAUAUUGAAUUCAUAACUGUCGCCGCUGGUUUAUGUAACUACAGAAGUCUUGGGCACUUUGGAAGGAUUUUGAUGAACACAGAUGAACCCAAGAAGCAUCAGGUUUAUUCACAUCAACCUGUAACGACACCAUGGCUUUGCCAGGGCUUUUUCAAACUGUACACGCUGCUAUUUUACACUUCACUCACGUCCCUCGGGCAUGGCUGUUUUAGUUGCGAUGCACUUUAGGAGAUUUCCAUGCCUGUCAGAUUCCGCUAACAGACUACAUGGACAAGUGCACGGGGAGAAGUGCGACCCACGAUUACGUGGACCUGACAGUCACCUGUUUGCAAAGACACCAAUUCGCAGCAGCAACUAGUUUGUUGGCAAUUGUUUCGUAGGGAUGUCAAUUCAUAGUGGCAGCACACCGCGUACCCCUUGUGUGAAACAAAAAGCAGAAAUGGAGAUCUAAGUAAUCCCUGCAUGUUCUUUCUCCCGUAUGUGAAAAUCUCACCAUCCUUUUGUAGCGCUCUUGUAGUGGUUACCAAGCAGUUGAUGAGGAAAGCGUUACUGGCUGCAUCACCGCGAUUGUGACAUGGGCAAAUCGGGUGGAUGUGUGGAAGAACUGUUCCCUCCCUCAAGUCUUAUAUAGAGAAGUGAAAUUGGUUGCAUCCUGUAUCGUGGCAGGAACUGCAUUGUUUUUCAAGCUGUAGUAGAUAUGCUGUCUGCAUAUUGUUGUAAACAAAAUGGUCAAGAUAAAAUGUCUGUGAACUUUCGCAUCUGUCAAAUCUGGUGCGUCAGAACAACGCACCAGCACUCCUUGAAGGUUGGCUUUGCCACUUGUGUUGGCGAAACAACAUUUACAGAAGCGGUUCUGUCAGUUUAAGUUGGAUAAAGAACCUGUCUUGCACUGUUGUCAUUUUCUU